AUAAUAGUAGUAAUGUUUUUACUUUACAGAUAGAUAGUAGUAACAACACUUUCUUUUCUCAAGUAGAUAGUAGCAUUGAAGAAAUUGACCUGUUUUCUGAACAAAAAGAUAUAUUAAAAGAUAAUACAAAUAAAAAUUUUAAUAAUAAAUAUUAUGGAAAUAAUGAUAGCCCUCUAUAUGGUCUAGAUGAAGUUCAGAAAAUUAUAACAAAAAAAUUUCAAAAAGCAGAAAGUAAUAGUAAAAAUGUAAACUUUGAUCUUGAAAUUGAAUUGAACCAACAGCUCUUUGAAAAUAUUUCAUGCAGCAAUCAAGUUUUAUUAGCAAAAUUAUAUCUCGAGCAGCCAAAGUUUAUAACAAAAGGAUUUAAAAUACUUAAUUUUAUUGAAAAUGAUUUUGUAAAAGCACUCAGCUUUACAACACCACUACUAAGCUAUAUUGGUGCUACAAAUAUAACAGAGAUAGUCAUCAAUUCCACAUUCAAAACAAAUAAAGAGCAGUUUGAGCUUUUCACUGUAAAUACAAAUUAUGAUGGUUAUGAAUUGCCUUUGGCAUAUUUGUACCUUUUAACACUUAAUAGCAAUAAGGAAGCACUUGAUAAUCCUAAAAACAAAAUUAAAACUUGCGUACAGGUUCU